AUGUGGCUCCUUACUUACCUUCGUCUGAAGCUCACUGUGACCUUCUAUCGCCUCGCACUCCGCCUAAAAAGCCGAAGAUGGAUGCCUCUUUCGACGCCGGACUCAGUCCUGCGCGUCCCGUCCAGCGACCCUUCAUACACUAAAGACAUCAAAGUCCACGUCUACAACCCUCCCGCAAGUUCCCAGCCUAUACCAGUCCUCAUCAAUCUUCACGGCAGCGGUUUUGUCUUCCCUCUUCACGGCUCCGACGACGCAUACUGCCGGCACAUCGCGCAGCGCACCGGUCACACCGUCCUCGACAUGCAAUACCGUCUCGCACCCGAAUAUACAUUCCCAGCACCUCUGCAUGACCUCACUGAUGUGGUGAGACACGUCCUCGCGCGUCCGGACGCGUACGACACCACGCGCAUCUCUCUCAGCGGCUUCAGCGCCGGAGCGAACGCCGUACUCGCGAUCGCGGCGGACCGCCACGCGUUUCCGGCAGGCACGUUCCGCGCGGUGUUAGCGUUCUACCCACCAACAAACUUAGCGAUUGAUCCUGCUGAGAAGCAGGCACCGGACACGUCAGGAAGGCCGAUUCCACCAAGUAUGGCGAGGCUGUUCGAUAGUUGCUAUAUCCCGCCCGGCACAAAUAAGAGGGAUCCGCGGCUCUCCCCGAGCUUUGCGGAGCCGGAGGCUUUUCCGGAUAGCGUGAUGGUGUUGACGGGGGCGCAAGACGGGCUGGCUCUGGAAGCGGAGGCGUUGGCGGGAAAGGUUGAGGGCGUGCCCGGAAAGAAGGUCGUGAGGAAGAGGUUCGAGGGAGUAGGACACGCGUGGGACAAGGUGAGGGCGAAGGAGGGGUCGGUGUAUGAGAAGGCGCGGACAGAGUCAUACGCUUUGGCUGUUGAGAUAUUGAUGGAGUAA